AUGCCAUCAACGCCGCCAUUUAGCAGAGAUGUGUUCACACGCGACCAUGAAUUGCAACCAUCUGUCGCGUCGCUUUUACCGGCUUCAGCCACCAUCGACCACGUUCUCGUACGUCCUACUGAUGAUAUCCACAGGUAUUUGUUGAAGGAUCUCGCGGUAGAGAGGCUCAACAAGAUCCACGCAUACCUUUGGCUGGCCGGCUGGCCAAUGCCCCCGAAACCCCUGAACUUCCACGUCGCCGCCACUCGUGAACUGGUCUUGGAUGAGCGAAUCAACAUGCACAUGGUGUGGGGCUCAUCGAAUAGUCUUCACUUGAAGCCAAUUCCUCGAUAUAUUAUAGAUGCAGACUUCUGGCAGUCUCAUCUAAUCUGUUCUUGUUCAUCGUGUGGCAUUGAUCAAAAUAAACAAGCGAAGAUGUGUACCCGGGAGUUGUACAAGUACAGCAUGGGCUUUCUACGCUCAUACAUUGGCCUGAUUCAGUUUGAGAGUGACAUUGCGAUCGCUCAUAGCCAUCACCUUCUGCCGAAAGAGAUUACAUGGUCGAAAUGGCUCACCUUCGUCGAACAGGUUCUAAAGAAUGGAAUCUCGGAUCCUGCGAACUUCAACUCACGAUAUUUGUUUGGCGAACUGAGAUUAUCUCGGCUUAAUCAGAUCUGUGUCUUCAGGUUUGGGCAAGUCCUUCGGGGCUAUCAAUUCACAUAUCAGACAUAUGGAGAAUUGUUCCGUGCUCAUGUUACACCUCUCACUGCUGCAAUCGUGUAUAUUGCGCUCGUCUUGACUGCUAUGCAAGUCGGGCUAGCUACAAAUCGCUUGGGAACAAGCUUGUCUUUCCAAAAUUCCUCAUACGGAUUCACCGUUUUUUCCAUUCUUGCUCCGCUCAUUGGGCUUGUGUUGGUUGGGAUGUUUGGCGUGUUUCAAUUUGCUGCCGCUCUAAUAAAGUCUUGGAGAUUCCAACAAGAUCAAUUCAAACUUUUCAAGACCCCGGUUCCAUAG